GCCCUGUCCUCCCCCUACUUCCCCUGCUCCUGCAGCAGCUGGAACCAUGGGAGGUGUCUUUCUUGCACUGUGUGUCCUGCUGGCUCUGUCGGAGGCCGAAGCCCAGGACGCCGGGGGCUGUGACCGCUGGUGCCCCCCGAACGCCAUGUGUGCCAACACCACUGCCUGUCGCUGCAAGCCGGGAUUCAGCUCCUCGGGCGCAGAGAUCUUCACCGACUUCAUGGUGUCCUGCGACGGUACUGCGGCUUGGGGGCGGUGCAGGGCGCCUGGGACCCGACGGACCGGGGGAGGACCCCGUCUGGAAACCCGGGAGGACAGAGACCCGAGGGGAGGCUGCGGUCCCAGCCUGGAGAAGACACCACCUGGCGUCCUGACCGCCUGCUCCGCACCCGCCUCCACCGCGUCCCCACCCAAGGCGCUGCGUGCCGCGCUGCCGAGCUGGUCCGUGUCCUCCGCGGCCGAGGACAGCUCUGACGACCGGGGCUUGGGAGGGUGCGGUGGCGGGCGGGGUGGGGCCGGGUGGCAUGGGCCCCACACCGGAGAGGUGGGUGCAGAAGAGCCUCCAGUUUGGCCCGGACAGCAAGAGAGGCCAUCACCAAGGGCCCUGCCCUGGCUGGACGCUGUCCCCACGGGCCUGGCUUGGGGUCGCGCCUUGGGCCGUCUCCGAGGGGCUGGGAUCUCAGAGCGGCGUGGGCGGCAGAGCGCUGUCCUGCGGCCACCGGGAGGACCUGGCCAGCGAACAGCCACCUGGGGACGUCAGCCAAGGGACGCCACUGAGGGCCAGCACGGGCCCUGCUCCGGGAAGCAGCCUUUCCCCGCGCUCGGCUCCCAGGACGCUGCUCCGAGUCGAGGGCUGGUCGGGGAGGCGCGACGCCCCCAGUGGGGCUGCCCAGGCAGGCGGGAGCCGGGGAGGACCCGGCCGCCUCCCGCCACAUCUGGACAGCAGAGGGCUGGGCCACCCAGCUCGCCAUGGGACGCCUCGGUGCGAGUCGGAAAAGGGAGGCGACGUGGUGCCUUCCGGAUGCUUCUGAGCCAGGGGACGCGGCCGGACCCGGCGCCAAAGGCCGUCCACAGCCGGGGCGUCAUUCCCGCCCUUCCUCUUGCAGACGUGGACGAAUGUCAGCAGAGCCCCAGAGUCUGCGGAAGCCUCGGUGUCUGCCGCAACACCCUGGGUAGCCACGCCUGCCACUGCCCGCCCGGCUUUGCGCUCCAGCCCCGGGACCCAAAGCUCUGCGCAGACGUAGACGAAUGCGCUUUGGGACAGCACCAGUGCCACAACUCCACCCUCUGCCUCAACAACGUGGGCGGCUACGAGUGCCGGUGCCGCCCGGGCUGGAGGCCGGUUCCCGGGUCCCCCGACGGCCCGACCGACACCGUCUGCGCAGACGUGGACGAGUGCAGCUCCGGGCAGCACCGCUGCCACCCGUCGACCUUCUGUGUCAACGCCGUGGGGUCGUACACGUGCCGCUGCCGCCCAGGCUGGAGGCCCAAGCCGGGGGUCCCGAACAACCAGAACAUCACAGUCUGCCAAGAGACGCCCUUUACCAACUGGACCGAGCCGCCGCCGGGCAUCCGCAGCCAGAGUCUGUCUCGCUUCUUUAACAAAAUCCAGGAUCUGGACAGAGACUUCAAGCCAGACUCAGCCCAGAAGACCGUGGAGGAGCUCAUGGAGAAUGUGCACGAGCUGCUGGAGACCCCUGGGGACCUGGAGACCCUGCUCCGCACACAGCAGCACUGUGUGGCCGGCCACCUGCUGGUUGGGCUGGAGGACGUCCUGAGACGACUGAGCAAGUCCCUGCCCGAUGGGCCACUGACCGUCAGUUGCCCUGCAGGCACAGCCCCACCACUCACAGAACUGUCCCUGAAGGUACUGAAGCAAAGAGAUGGAAAUGUCACCUUGAGUCAGACUCAGGCAAAGAUGCAGCUGAACUGGACUCUGGCACAGAAAGUUGGUGACACAGGCCCUUCUGUGGUGGGCCUUGUCUCCACUCGAGGGAUGGGCAAGUUGCUGGCUGAGGCCCCCCUGGUCCUGGAGCCUGAGCUGACGGCUCUGCAGGAGAGACACAAGGGCUGGCUGCAGGACGCCCACCCCACCCUGCUCUCAUAUGUCAGCUCUGCCUUUCUGAGCAACAAGGACACCCAGAACCUCAGCUCCCAAGUGACUUUCAUCUUCUCCCACCUCUCGUCGGUGAUUCCUGGGCCAAGGCAGAAGGUGUUCUGUGCUUUCUGGAAGCCCGAUCAGAAGGGAUAUGGUCAUUGGGCCACCACAGGCUGCAGGAUGCUGGACCUCAGAGACACCAGCACCACCUGCCACUGCUCCCACCUCAGCAGUUUCGCCGUCCUCAUGGCCCACUACCACGUGCAGGAGGAGGACCCCGUGCUGGCCGUGGUCACCUACGUGGGGCUGGGCCUCUCGCUGCUGUGCCUCCUGCUGGCGGCCCUCACCUUCCUGCUGUGCAGAGCCAUCCAGAACACCAGCACCUCCCUGCACCUGCAGCUCUCGCUCUGCCUCUUCCUGGCCCACCUCCUCUUCCUCACGGCCAUCGACCGGACGGAGCCCCAGGCGCUGUGUGCCCUCGUCGCCGGCGCCCUGCACUACCUCUACCUGGCCGCCUUCGCCUGGAUGCUGCUGGAGGGCCUGCACCUGUGCCUCGCCGCGCGGAACCUGACCGUCGCCAACUACUCCGGCACGAACAGACGCGUGCGGAAGCUCAUGUUCCCCGUGGGCUACGGGGUCCCCGCUGUGAUCGUGGCCAUCUCUGCAGCAUCUCACCCUCACCUUUAUGGGACCCCUGCCCGCUGCUGGCUCAACCCAGAAAAGGGAUUUAUAUGGGCGUUCCUUGGACCGGUCUGUGCCAUCUUCUCUGUAAAUUUGGCUUUCUUUCUGAUGACCCUCUGGAUUUUGAAAAGCAAACUCUCCUCUCUCAACAGUGAAGUGUCAACCCUCCAGAACACAAGGAUGCUCACAUUUAAAGCGACGGCUCAGCUCUGCAUCCUGGGCUGCACGUGGUGUCUGGGCAUGCUGCAGGUGGGCCCAGCUGCGCAGGUGAUGGCCUACCUCUUCAUCAUCAUCAACUCGCUGCAGGGCGUCCUCAUCUUCCUGGUGUACUGCCUCCUCAGCCAGCAGGUCCGGGAGCAAUACAGGAAAUGGUUCAAAGGGAUGAGGAAAUUGAGAGCUGAGUCUGAGGUGUACAUGAUUUCCAGCAGGGCUACAUCUGCUGACACCUCUAGUCCCAGCACGGUAAGAACACGCACUGCUCCCCGAGCACAGCACUAACUGGUCCACCGGGGCAGCACACACCUAGCAUGCUGGCCGACCUGGGCGGACCGCAGGUGAUGGCUCACACUCAGAUGGCUCCUGGACUCACUAACCACUAGCAACGGUCUCAGUGUAAAUGUUUGCUUUUUUAAAGAUCCUUUACUUUUACUCCUUAGGGAACUGUGCUCACCUUGUCUCUGAUGCAUGAACAUUCUUACUGAGCACCUACUAUGUGCCAUGCAUGGGUAACUAAAUAAGCAGAAAUUGACAAUUGAAGCAGCAGCGAUGCACAUUCUACUCAGAGACAUAUUACCCUAUAUUUUUUCCUCUACAUACAACUCUAUUCACAGUUAUUGAGCACUGGCACCCCAAAGGAGGCAAAUGUUGGGGAAAUGUUGUGGAUAUUUUUAAAUUUAGCUCAAGUAAGUGCUAUCUGGGAUUUAGGCUUUCUGGGCAAGCUGGCCAGUGGGUAGUGCAUAGUGCCUCUGCUAAGCACUCUGUACCCACUGCCAAACCAGGAAGGACAAACAGUGAUGGCAUCAGAUAACUCAUGGCAACGAUCACUAAUAACCAACAUUUACUAGUUCAGACUUACAAAGUUCUUUCAGCUACAUUUUCUCACCUCUUCUUCCAUCUUCUCUGGACUCUACGUAUGAUUACAGCCCCAUAUGACAGAUGAGAAAAGUAGCAGCCUAGUUGGAUUUAUGUGAAGUAUAUAGGGACUCUUUACUCAGGGAGUUUUUUGGUUUUUUUGAGACAAGGUCUCACUCUGUUAGGCUGGAGUGCAGUGGUGGCAUCAUAGCUCACUGCAG